UAUAUAUUUUUGAGAAAUUAAACUAACUUUAGUUAACUAUAAGGUUAAUUAGAUGGAGAGGCCAGAAAGAAUAGAAGAUGGAUUUACAACCACUGAUCCUUUGCUUUCUACUGGUGGUGAUACUCCGGCGUCGGCCACACUCGCCGUCGUAUUCAGCACCUUGGUUGCCGUCUCCGGCUCCUUUGUUUUUGGUUCUGCUGUGGGAUUUUCUUCACCUGCUCAGAAUGGGAUAAUAAAGGAUCUUGGCCUCUCUGUGGCAGAGUACUCUGUAUUUGGUUCAAUAUGGACAAUUGGAGCAAUGAUAGGUGCUAUAAUGAGUGGGAAACUAGCAGAUCUUUUCGCCCGGAGAGGUGCAAUGGGCUUCUCUGAGUUGUUUUGUCUUUUAGGAUGGCUCGCAAUUAUUUUUGGCAAGAAUGCUUUGUGGCUUGACAUUGGGAGGUUGUUAAUGGGAUAUGGAGUUGGCAUUAUUUCUUAUGUGGUACCUGUAUAUAUAGCGGAAAUAACACCUAAGAAUCUCCGAGGUGCAUUCACAACUGUUAAUCAGCUAAUGAUAUGCUGUGGAGUAUCACUUAUGUAUGUAGUUGGAGUAGUCAUCAACUGGCGUCUAUUGGCUGUGAUUGGAGCUAUUCCCUGUAUAAUACAGCUUUUGGGCCUGUUUUUCAUACCGGAGUCUCCGAGAUGGCUGGCUAAGGCUGGCCAGUGGAAAGAGUGUGAAGCUUCUCUUCAGCGCCUUAGGGGGAAGGACGCCAAUAUAUCAGAAGAAGCUGCUGAAAUAAAAGAGUACACAGAAACACUUCAGAAACUUUCUGAGGCUAAGCUAAUUGAUUUGUUCCACAAGAAAUAUGCACAUUCUCUUAUAGUUGGAGUGGGAUUAAUGGUAUUGCAACAAUUUGGAGGGGUCAAUGCUAUUGCAUAUUAUGCAAGUUCAAUUUUUGAGUCAGCUGGUUUCUCUGGUAGGAUUGGUUCAAUUGCAAUGGUAGUUGUACAGAUCCCAAUGCAAGUUUUAGGAGUACUCUUGAUGGAUAAAUCAGGAAGGCGUCCACUACUUAUGGUAUCUGCUGCAGGGACAUGCUUGGGCUGUUUCCUUGUAGGAUCGUCAUUCUUACUACAGGAUCUUCAACUUUGGAAGUCUAGCCCCUUUUUGGCACUUGUUGGCAUACUGGUCUUUACUGGAUCUUUCUCAUUAGGCAUGGGAGGUAUACCGUGGGUAAUUAUGUCUGAGAUAUUCCCCAUAAAUGUCAAAGGUUUAGCUGGAAGCCUAGUGACAGUAGUCAACUGGUUCGGUUCUUGGAUCGUCUCAUAUUCAUUCAACUUUCUUAUGCUAUGGAGUUCUGAAGGAACAUUCUUCAUAUUUUCAGCAGUAUGUGGUGUAACUGUUAUGUUUGUGGCAAAGCUGGUUCCAGAGACCAAAGGGCGUACCUUGGAAGAAAUACAAUCCUCCAUGAAUUCCUUUACAUGACCAAUGAAUUUGGGUUAUUUGCCAAAAAUACUUACUAAAUAAUGAC